UUAAUGGUCAUUACAUUAGAUAAUGCAUCAAAUAAUGCAGUAUUCAUUCGUUUAUUAACUAAUUGGGCAAUAGAAAAAAGAAUUUCUUUUGAUAAAAAUGAUAAUCAUUUUAGGUGUUUUGCCCAUGUCAUUAAUUUAAGUGUUCAAGCAGCAUUGACCCAAUUGAAAAGUAAAAUUUCUAAGGUAAAAUUAUUAUUUAACUUAUUUAUUAUUUUAUAA